UUUUACUUUUUGAGAAUUGUUAUUCGCCAAUUCAACCAUAUCCAUCAUUCUGACGGGACUACUCCUUUCGUUUCACUACAGAACAAUGAUGCUCUGAUCGGUACUAUAAAGCUAAGUGCUUAAUUACAUCUAAUCUCCCAUAUCAUAAGAAAGAAUACGCAGAGAGAGAGAGAGAGAUAUGGAAGGAAUAGAACACAUUUCCGUAAGUGUGAACGGAAUAAGCAUGCACGUCGCCCAAACCGGCCAAGGUCCGGUGGUUCUUUUCCUCCACGGUUUCCCGGAGUGCUGGUACACGUGGCGCCACCAAAUGUGUUUCCUAGCGUCGCAGGGAUACCGAGCCGUGGCUCCGGACCUCCGCGGGUACGGCGACACCACCGGAGCUCCCACCGACGACCCUUCCAAGUUCACGAGUCUCCACGUGGUGGGCGACCUGGUGGCGCUCUUAAGCGUCGUGGCGGCAGAUGAAGAGAAGGUGUUCGUAGUGGGACAUGACUGGGGAGCUAUGAUGGCUUGGGCUCUGUGUUUGUAUAGGCCUGACAAAGUGAAAGCUUUGGUGAACAUGAGCGUUUGUUUCACUCCAAGAAAUCCAAAGAGCAAGCCACUUGAAACGUUGCGUGCCGUUUAUGGAGAUGACUACUAUAUCUGCCGAUUCCAGAAAAACACGGUUAAUACGCAAAUCAACAAGAAAUUACACCCUAUUGGACGAAGGUCAGAAGGGGCAUGUAGUGCAUCAUCAUGUUGUCAGUGUAGAUUUGACAUAUGGCACUGGUUACUAUGCAAAUACAAGGAAAUAAAAUUGCGCUUUCUGUUCAGUUGGCAGGAGGGUGGAGAGAUAGAGGGUGAGUUUGCUGUACUUGGUACUAAGAAAGUCCUUCAAUGUUUCUUAACAUACUACAAUCCCAGUCCACUUUACCUACCGAAGAAAGGCAAACUAUUUGAAGGCUCAACCGAUGAUUUGCCCUCAUGGUUGUCAAAAAAUGAUGUUGAUUACUACACUUCCAAGUUUGAGAAGACAGGUUUCACCGGUGGAAUUAAUUAUUAUAGAGCACUAGAUCUGGAUUGGGAGUUGAGUGCAGCCUGGACUGGAGCAAAGGUGAUGGUACCAGUGAAGUUCAUUGUGGGUGAUCUGGACAUUACUUACAAUGCCCCUGGCGCCAAGGAGUAUAUACACAAGGGUGGCCUAAAGAGAGAUGUGCCCUUGUUAGAGGAAGUGGUUGUGUUGGAAGGUGUUGGACAUUUCAUCCAUGAAGAAAAGCCUCAUGAGAUCAACACUCACAUUUUGAAUUUCUUGCACAACUUCUCUUCCUGAAUUUCUGUUUGUCUUGAUUGGUUAAUUGAGUGUGGUUUUAAUUCUGAUCUGUUGAAAGAAUAAGAAAUCUGUCAAGGAUUGUUGUGUGUUUCUAGACAUUGACAAUGACUAUGAUGACUAGGAAUGUACUAAAAGAUUAUAUUGCUUUGCGUCAAUGUCUUGAAUUGCUUUGCCUUGGCUUGUUUAAUUUGUUUGUUUUUCUUUAUCCUUGAUAAUGGAAGGAAUCUUAUUUUGGUAAA